AGCCUCAUGCAUCAUUGUCACUAUCUCUCCAUCAUCAUGUCUCAUCUCUCUCCCUCUCUCUUGUCAUCCAUUAUUCUCAUUCAGCCACCUUUGUCAAUGCCACUCCGUUCAAAUGCAGUCCUACAUCUAGUCUACGCUUCCCCCUUUACACGCAAGUACGGAAGCGCGUGUGGAGGUCCGAGCUCAUCUUGCCUUCCGUAGUCUAGAUAGUCUAGUCUACAUCCGGGCUCACCUCUUCUUCGUCUACUUCGUGCACUCCCACACUCCUUAACAGCUUGCGCUUCUGAUCCUCUCACAGAAUCCUGCAAGCAGCAAAGAUGGUGCUCGCCGCCGUCUGCCAAUUGACCUCCUCAGCCAGCAUCCCCAGCAAUCUCUCCACCUGCCUCUCCCUGCUUAAGCGUUCCGCCUCCGCAGGAGCCAAAGCCGUCUUUUUCCCCGAAGCCUCCGACUUUAUCUCUUCUGGUUCAGGCCCACCGGGGGAAGAAGUGGCUCGAUUGACACGUAGUAAAGAGAAUGAAGACUUUGUGAGGGGUCUUAGAGAGGGAGCGAAGAGAGAGGGUGUUUGGAUUAGUGUGGGCGUUCAUGAAGAUCCAGAGAGACCGAUCCAGGUUGCUGGGAGUAGCAGGGGGGCGGCAUCAUUGAAUGAGCCUGUGCAAGAUGCGAAAAGAUGCUUCAAUAGCCAUCUGAUCAUUGAUGAUCGAGGAGAGGUCGCACUGAAGUAUCGGAAGACGCAUCUCUUUGAUGUGGAUAUUGUUGGCGGGCUGCGAAUCAAGGAAAGUGACACGACCAUACCCGGCUCUUCCCUCGAGUCACCACUCUCCACUCCCAUCGGCAAGCUAGGCGCAUUGACAUGCUACGACCUUCGAUUUCCCGAGCCCUCCCUCUCCCUCCGUCGUCAAGGUGCCGAAAUUCUCCUCUACCCAUCUGCUUUUACCGUUCGUACCGGUGCGGCACACUGGGCUCCCCUUUUGCAGGCAAGGGCGAUCGAGACGCAGUGCUAUGUCAUUGCCUCGGCUCAGGUAGGGGUGCAUAACCCUAAGCCAGAGGGAGGACCACAGGGAAGGACGUCGUAUGGACACGCGAUGAUCAUCGAUCCUUGGGGAAGUAUAGUGGCACAAUGUGGGGAUAUGCAACCCUACAAACCUUCCUUUGCAUUGGCUGAUAUUGACCUCUCCUCGAUGGCGUCGCUGCGGCAGGAGAUGCCCCUCUGGCAGCAGAGGCGCAGUCCUCAAAUAUACCCUUCCAUCUGAACAGGUCGACUCGGCACUGACCAAUGUCUGGCAGCACCCCACGCGUGCAUUCCCUACUGCGGGCCUGGGGCCGAGCUGCUGCAAAUGCAGCCCCUCCCCGAUCACCCCUGCUCUUUGACCUUGCCCGGGACAAUCUCACAAUACGAUUUUUGCAAUUCGUUGUAAUUGUGACCAGGCAACGGGAUAAUAGAAGAUGCACACAGCCUGUGCAAUGUGCUAUUCAUGCAAAGUUGCAAACAGAAGGUCAACAGUAGCAGAAGAGGCGCAAUGGCAGAGCGAGUGAGUGGUGUGAUGUAGGA